AUGGCUACUCUGGCAUCGGCUGCUCGUGACAUCCCCAAGGUCGUAUCCUCGAACCGAGACAACUUAGCUGUUGUAGCGGAUCGGAACGACUCGCUGGCUGUGACACGUUCUCACACCCUCCCGACCCCUCCCAACUCCAUCUCUCCCGCCCUGCCCGCCCACGGCCUCCGGGCUCAGCUCCAAAAGGCCAAGCUCGAUCCCAUCGACUCCGACUUGGACCUUCACGACAACCCCAAAGGCCACGACCGGUCACUGUCCCCGGCCUCCCACGAGGCGUCGGGCGCCAUCACGGCCACGAUGCUCGCCAAGCACCACCUGCCCGACAUCCUGCUCAACCACGGCCCGCUGGCGAUCCGGCACAUCAUGGGAUACCUGACCACGUCGGUCCCGGGCUUCUCGGCCAUCCCCCCGGCCAAGGCCCGUCGCCUCGUCGUCGGCGCUCUGGAGGGACGCGGAGGGGACGGAGGAGGCUCGGACGGAGGCGUCGAGUAUGAAAAGGUAGGUUGGGGACGGUGGGAUGCCCGCCGACGAACGGCGGACUCGCGCAGACGUCAAGGCACCCCGCCGCCGCGGCGGAGCGGCGGCCCCAUUCCCAUCUCCGCGACGGGCGGGAGGGCGCAGGAGAGGGGCGGCAAGCUCAGCGUCGCCCGAUCCGUCGGCCAGCUGUCGACGCACUUCUCCCACGACGGCCACGACGACGUUGACCUCAUGGAGACCGAGGCCGACAACAUGUCCAUGGACGGAUCGGCAUCGGCCUCCUGCUCCGAGGCCCCCGACGACGACGUCGUCAUGAACGACGACCCCGAGGAUGUGACGGACGACGAAGACUGGGCCGCCAUGGGCGCCGCCGCCCUCCGAGCCGAGUCGUACCCCAACAUGGUGGCCGCCCAUUCCGGUGGCAACCUCCGGCCGCCCACCUUUACUCUUCCCGGUGGCCUGCGAGCCUUUUCCGUCAGCUCCGGCCUCGCCCGACCACCCCCGCGACCGGCCAUCGGCCACCUCGCCACCCUGGCCGGCACCUCGGAUGCCCAGGAGCGCGAGGCCGUCGAGGCCCUUUUGCGGCUCGGCUCUGUAUAG